CGGUAAAAUUCUUACAGCCUCAGGCACGCAUGCAUACUGCUUAUAGAAAGUGCACGGCAGCCUGCUAUCAUACAACUGAAUCACGAAUUCAUCCUUACUCAAGACUUCAAGGAAAAAGGGAAAAGGGAAACUUCGUACACAUUCACCCUUUUGACAUUUACUCAUAUAUUCUAUUGGGGAGAUUUAAGAAAUCUGACCGUGAAUUAUUGUACGGAUUCAACUUUCUAGCGUGUUCUUUCCCUCUAGUUCACAUUGUGGGCAGUAUACCCUUUAAUAAAUAUCCUCUACAUCAUCUUUCCAACACAACCACUUCGAUUUACAACACUCUCACCACAAUCACAACCUCAACCUCAACUUUCACUUCCACCUUGACAACUUCCAGGAUCUGGAGAACCUUUUGCAUCGUAUUCUGUGAUUUAUCACAAAGGUGCUCAUUUGAUCAUCUCCAUUUUCAUAAUCUUACUUACAGUCCCGAACCUACAUUCCUUCCAGCUGCUGGCUUAAAUCCAUCAGUUCCUUAUACCAGUUUGAAUCCAUCUCAACACAUACGAUCUUUUCUCUUUACCACUUCCAUUGAACUUUGCUCAAGAUGACGGUCGCUACCAGGACGGUGGUCGUUAUGCCUCCUGUCCCCAAUCGGGAGGACUUAGAUGCGACAUGGAAAUACCUCGAGGCUGGAGUAUCAAAAGUCAUGUUACAAUUGGCAGAUGGUGUCGAUAUGAAUACUUAUAUGGGAGUAUACACAGCUGUGCAUAAUUUCUGUACAUCACAAAAGGCAGUCAGCAACCAUGGCCCAGGAGUAAUCGGAGGUGCGCAUCGCGGAGCACACCUUCUCGGUGAAGAUCUAUACAAAAACCUCAUCAAAUACCUAACACAGUAUCUCAAGGAACUCGUUCUCGCCUCUAAGACACAUAGCGACGAAGCUCUCCUUAGUUUCUAUAUUCGGGAAUGGGAUAGAUACACGACAGCAGCAAAAUAUGUCAACCACUUGUUCCGAUACCUUAAUCGUCAUUGGGUAAAGCGAGAAAUGGACGAGGGAAAAAAGAACAUUUACGAUGUUUACACUCUACACCUUGUUCAAUGGAGAGAAACCCUGUUCACAGCUGUCCACUCAAAGGUUAUGGAUGCUGUUCUCAAGAUGGUUGAGAGGCAAAGAAAUGGAGAGACUAUCGAGCAUAACCAGAUCAAGGCCAUUGUUGAUUCUUUCGUAUCACUUGGGUUGGAUGAAUCGGAUCCUACUAAAUCGACCCUCGAUGUUUACCGUUUCCACUUUGAGAAGCCAUUUUUAGAAGCCACCGAAGCUUUCUACCGAACGGAAUCAAAAGAAUUUGUCGCGGAAAAUAGCAUAGUAGAAUACAUGAAGAAGGCCGAAAUUCGAUUGGCAGAAGAGGAAGAGCGAGUUAGAAUGUAUCUACACCAGGACAUCAUCAUUCCAUUGAAGAAAGCCUGCAACACUGCUCUUAUUGCAGACCACUCCGUACUUCUUCGAGACGAGUUUCAGGUUCUUUUGGAUAAUGAUCGAUAUGACGAUAUGGCACGCAUGUACAACUUGCUGGCAAGAAUUCCAGAUGGUCUUGAACCACUCCGUACCAGAUUCGAGGCUCAUGUUCGCAACGCCGGUCUUGCAUCGGCAGCAAAAGUCGCUAGUGAGGGUGAUAAGCUUGAACCUAAGGUUUAUGUGGAUGCUCUUCUCGAGAUUCACACACAAUAUUCAGGUCUUGUAAAACAAGCAUUCAAGGAUGAGCCUGAGUUUACUAGGUCUCUUGAUAACGCAUGCAAGGAGUUUGUGAACCGCAAUAAAAUCUGCAAAUCUGGGUCCAACAAAUCCCCUGAAUUGCUCGCCAAAUAUGCCGAUUCGUUAUUGAAGAAGAGUGCCAGUGGAGCUGAGGAGAGUGAUAUCGAGAACUCUCUUACUCAAAUUAUGACAGUCUUCAAGUAUAUUGAAGACAAGGAUGUGUUCCAGAAGUUCUACUCGCGUAUGCUUGCUCGUAGAUUGGUCCACACCAGUUCUUCGUCAGAUGAUGCUGAGACAAGCAUGAUCAGCAAGUUGAAGGAAGCAUGUGGAUUCGAAUAUACCAACAAGCUUCAACGUAUGUUCCAGGAUAUUCAAAUCUCGAAGGAUUUGAAUAGCGGCUUCAAGGAAUUUGAGGGAGGAAUCUUUACUGGAGGCGAAGAAAAGCCAAUCGAUGCUAGUUACUCAAUUCUGGGUACGGGUAUGUGGCCUUUGAAUCCACCAAAUACAGAUUUCACACCACCAGUGGAAAUUUCCAAGGCCUAUGAGCGAUUCCAAAAUUUCUACAACCAGAAGCACAGUGGUAGAAAACUCACGUGGCUUUGGCAAUUGUGCAAGGGCGAGAUCAAGGCCAACUAUUGUAAAAACCAAAAGACUCCAUAUACUUUCCAGGUUUCGACUUAUCAAAUGGCUAUCCUUUUGUUGUUUAACGAGAGUGAUAAGAAUAGCUAUGAAGAUAUCGCCAAGGCAACUCAAUUACAGGCUGAUAUCCUUGAUCCCACCCUUGCUAUUUUCUUGAAAUCCAAGGUCCUCACUAUGAGUCCAGCAGAUGAUAAGCCAGGACCUGGCAAAACCUUUAACUUGAACUAUGAUUUCAAGAGCAAGAAGAUUCGUGUCAAUCUUAAUAUCGCUAUCAAGUCGGAGCAAAAGCAAGAGGUUGAUGAGACUCACAAGACUAUUGAGGAAGACAGAAAGCUGCUCAUGCAGUCUGCCAUUGUUCGUAUCAUGAAGGCACGAAAGAAGAUGAAGCACAGCGUUCUUGUUGCCGAAACCAUCAGUCAAAUUCGCACCCGAUUCUCACCAAAGGUUCCAGAUAUCAAGAAGUGUAUUGAUAUCUUACUGGAGAAAGAAUAUCUAGAGCGACUCGACGAUGAUGAGCUUGGAUAUCUUGCAUGAUCCAUAAACCUUUUAUUUAACAGAGUCUCUUGCAUUAGGGAUUCAUGAUGGAUGACCUUUUAUGAAUUGGCGGCUUACUGAAGUUGAUUGUAAAAGUUACCAGCCCACACUUAAGAUUUGGGGAGAGAAACUGGUAGUAAUUACCUGCUGGCCACCCUUUGAUCAUAGUCAAUGGAUGAAGGGGCAAUAAUUAGGCGUAUUGAUGCAUAUUUUUUAUCGUUUUCAUUCGUUGUGUUACUGGUGCCACUCUUGACCAAUUCUUUGGGACAUAUCUGGGAGGGAGGAGUUGCGAGAAAGCUAUUGGUUGUUUGUUGUGGAAACACAGUUUUGUGUUUUACGAUCAAGGUUUCUUUUUUUUUGUCUUUUUCUUUUUUUUUGAUACCGCGGAUACCUAACUCAUAACUUCGCACAUCACUUCCAGAAGAUUUAGUUCUCUAAACGAGAAGGAGAUACUUAUACGGGAUGAGCCGGUGAUGGGACAUGGGAGGGAGUGGAGAUGGGAAAGAAGGUAAGGGGAAAUAAAGGGCAGAAUGUAACAUAUCGCAAUUGGUCAUUGGGAGCAUUUGAUGACUAAAAUAAAUGAAUGGCUUGAGGAUUGGAUGUGAUGUGAUGGUGAAUGGGCGGGCGGGCUUGUUCAUAAUUGGGAUGGAAAGUCAAGUGCGGCUAAGUAAGGGAGCAUAAAUGGGAAGAAUUGAGCGGGCAUAGAAGUGUGCAUGAAUGAAUGAUACGGGUGUUCAAAGUAAAUGAAAACAUCAGUCAGCGAGUUACAGCGAAAAUCAGUUAAUGUUACCUCCCUAUAUAUGCUA